UGCUCGUUUCCAGGGCGGUGUACCGGCGCCCUCAAUGUAAACAAUCAUUUUUAAAGCUCCACGUAACUAACCCGAAAUAAACAGUAUUUAGUCAAAGGUUUCUACUGUGGGAAUUUAAAGCAGGAGGAAACUAAGAAAGGUCCUUACAUGAUCUAAUGUUUUAUUUACGAUGUUCAAGGAAGCGUUUCCGUUUCCGUGUUUGUGUUUGUGUGGAGUUUAAAGAUGUCAUAAUUCACACACAAGCAGUCCGACUGGGACUAAGGCGUCACAACCGUCCUUAAUCAUCAUCAUCAUCAUCAUCAUCAUCAUCGUCAUCAGUCUGGUGCUGUGUGUCAGUGUCAGCAGUCUGAAAGGAAGUGGUCUGACUGUUCCUUUUGAUCCUAUUAUUCCGGAGUAUUCCUGUUAUUCCGGAGUAUUCGAGCUAUUCCGGAGUUUUCGAGCUAUUCCGGAGUAUUCCUGUUAUUCCGGAGUAUUCGAGCUAUUCCGGAGUAUUCCUGUUAUUCCGGAGUAUUCCUGUUAUUCUGGAGUGUUCCCAGUGUUUCCGGCGUGAUGGAUGCUCCGGUCCACAGCUGGCCAUGUUCGUACUACGUUAACGGUGAUAAGCGCUGGGUAAGUGGUCGUCUGACUCUGACCUCAAGUGCCGUCCGCUUCAAUCCGUCGUCAGGCGGAGACAGCAGCGCAGUUCUCCUGCUCCCUCUGUCCCGUGUCACCCACAUCAACACCGAGUCGUCCUGCUUCAUCUUCAGUGCCGUCACCCUGCAGGAGCGAGAGGGCCAAAAGCACUGGUUCUCAUCAUUAAAGCCGAGCGCCGGAGCCGUGUUCCACGUCCUGCAGCACUUCUGGAAAGAGACGCUCGCCCUGCACACACACUCCACACACACUCCACUCAGUCGUGGCCAGAGACUCAUCAGCAUGGUGAGCAACUCCCAACACGCACUCACACACACCGGCCAGGUGCUGAGUCAGCAGGGAGAACAGUUCCACCACAUGAUUCACCAGCUCGACAAGAUGGAGACUGACCUGGGUGUGGCCGACAGGUUGCUGUCGGAGCUGGAGUCUCCCGCAUGGUGGCCAUUCGGUAAGUUUCCCUGGAACAAGAAAUGCCAACCAGAGCUGGGUAAAGCUGAAGAUAAAGCUUCGCCCGCUGAAGGUGCCACUAGAUCUUCUAAAGAGAUCCUGAGUGUGCCGGUUGUGUUUUACCGUGGUGGUGACAUCAAUGCCUCCAAUGUAAAUUCCGGUGCUCUGGUGUUGCUGGUCUCCUCCCUGGAGGUGCGCGAGGUUAGCGGCCGGCUGGUUCAUCGCUUCCACAAACAAGAAGUGGAUGAGAUCCGUGUGCACGGCGUUUGUGACAUCAGCGUACGACAGCGCCACAUCGGAAAACCAGAUGUGUGUUUCAGGCUGCUCUCGGCCAAGAUGGCAGAAGUGCUGUGUGUCCUCGAAGUGCAGUACAAGCAGAAGGUGGAGUUUGCCAGGGAUUACUCAGGGUUCCAGGCCACGCCUAGUGAUGACAUCACACCAGGAAGUUUGUCGUUCUGGGGUGCAGGAGCGAGUUCAGACUCAGAUGUUCCUGUACAGCUUCCUGCAGGAGAUCUGACUCCAGUGCAGCUCCAUGUUCAGCAGAACGCCGUGAGCCAGGAGGAGGCGCAGGAGCUCAAACAGAUGCUGCUGCAGUUGAAGUCUCUGGCUCUGGAGGCAGACAGUGAGCUGCAGCGUCAGGACGAAGCCCUAGACGUGCUGGUGUCCUCUAGUGACCGCGGCACAGCGACCAUCAGCGCACACACACGCAGGAUCAGGAAGCUGCUCUGACCUUCAACACCACCACCAUCAUCAUCACCAUCAUCAUCAGUAACCCAUGUGAGCACAGUACAUCAGCUUUGAGCAGUGAGACGGACAGAUGUGUCCCCACAGACUGGAUUCUGUAUAAAGAGAGAUAGCCUGCAUAACUCCCCCCCCCCCCCCCUCACACACACACACAGCUAAUUCAUUGUGUAUGACAUAUUAAUAUAUAUAUAUUUAUUUAUUCUCCUGCACAAAGUGUGACCAGUACAGUAACACACAGCAUGCAUAAACUCUUCACUCUGUGUGUGAGUGUGUGUGUGUGUGUGUGUGUGUGUGUGUGUGUAGUUAUUGUAAAACAGGAGAGAGACACUGACACACCUGACACAGGUAUAUUAAACACUACAACAAUGAGGAAUAAGGACCUGGAGCAUCUAGGGAUCGGGGCUGAGGGGCAGAUGAAGUGUCGCUGGUGUUCGGUCCCACGAGCGAGUCUGUCAUGUUCGAUUCCCUCUCAGUCAGCUGCUAAAAUUCAACAGCCAAUCAGAGCGUUUUGAACGAAUCGUCGUGAUUUGCAUAAACAUACGCUCAUGUUAUCAGAUAUCAGGUUUCACUAGACGACUUUAUUUGCACAAUUCUGCUUGUAUCGAAGGUUGCGGUUAAGGGGCGGAGUUUACGAUGUUGUCUUUUAUAUUCCGUCGUGUGUUUGUUUGGGUUUGAUCGAAAUCCAUCCAGACCCGUGUUACUCCUCUAGAUUAAUAAAUAUGUAUGAGAUCAGGUUACCAUGGCAAUUUCCUGGAUGUAAAGCAUCUCACUGUACUGUACAUAUGUAUGUGUGUCACGACAAUAAAGGGUGUUUCUUUUUAAAUAAAUACGAAAACGGUUUA